ACGCCCACCUGUAGAUAAUAAUUUUUGCCUUGGUCUUUUCAGUAACAAACUGACAGUACAGGAGGUUGAAGAAAUAGAAGAUAGAGGGAAGUGGAGGUCGCUUCGUGUUGCUGUGAGAGGUAUAUGGCUAAUGGAAGUAUCUUGUCCCGAGGUCCCUGAAGAGAGUCCCUCUCAGAUAAGGGAACCAAAGCGAAAGAGACAAACUCAAAAUAACCUCAAAAUACAAGCAAACAAAAAAGCCAGGCCGGCCUCUCCACUGAGACGCUCUGCUCGACUUAUCUCCAAGCAGGAGGCCAACAGCUCUAGGAAACGAGACAGUAGUCCGUCUGAACCAGGCCCCUCCACCAAGAAACAGAAGGGAAAAGUAACCAGUGACUCAGAGACAGUCAGCGACUCAACCAGUAAAGAUCACUCCGAAAGCAUUGAUAGCAAGCGAUCAAUCAAACGGAAAGCAGCUGACAGCCCAUCCAAUCGCAAGGGGAAACAGCCAGCAAAGAAAGGCACUUCUUCUAAGAAAGGGAAGACUGCUAAAUCCUCAAACAAAAGUGUACAUAAGUGGGCUCCUGGCAACUCUCUCCCGUCAUUUGCUGAGUUUGCAGGUCUACCCAUGGCUAGUGAAGCCAACAAGGACCCUCCUCCUCCAGGUGCUAGUGGAGGUGCUGACUCAGCAGGUCCCAGUGGCACUCAGAGGGAUGACCCAAUGGACCCUCUCGCUGAGGAAACACGGAAAAUGCACGCCAUGCUAGAGGCGAGGGGAAUCCCCGCUCACUUACUAGGCUCUCUGGGCGCAAUGGGGUCAAAGAUGCAGCACAUCCUGCACAGUAAAGUCCUCUCAUCCACCAACAACUCGCGUGCCCAGAGCCUCCUGACAGGUAUAGAGAGUGCAGAGGAUGAGGGACUUCAGUUACAGGCUUGUAUUGAGAUGGGACAACUACUGGUAAUGGGCAAUGAAGAGACUAUCAGUGGAUUUCCAGUCAAACAGGCAGUCCCUGCUCUUAUUAACCUGCUCUCAAUGGAACACAACUUUGAUAUGAUGUUGAAUGCUUGUCGAGCGCUCACUUACAUGAUGGAGGCUCUCCCUCGCUCCACAGCGGUGGUGGCUGAUGCUAUACCAGUCCUAGUGGACAAGUUACAGGUCAUUCAAUGCAUGGACGUAGCAGAACAAGCACUGUCUGCUCUCGAGCUGCUCUCAAAGAGACAUGGGAGAGCAGUGUUGGCGGCUGGGGGGCUCAACGCUUGCCUCCUCUAUUUGGACUUCUUCUCCAUAGCCCCUCAACGCAAUGCUCUGAGCACUGCAGCCAAUUGCUGUCAAUCUGCUAAUGAUGGGGACCUCCCCUGUGUCAUGGACGCUCUCCCUGUACUGGCAGGAAGACUACAGCAUCAGGACAAGGCCUCUGUGGAGAGUUGUUGUCUGUGCUUCUCUAGGCUAGUGGACAACUUCAUCAACAACCCAAGAGUUCUGACAGAGAUAGCCUCUCAAGGUCUCCUGCCCAACAUACAGCAGCUGUUGGUCAUCUCUCCACCUGUCAUCAGUCCCGGGAUGUUUAGUACAGUCGUGCGAAUGCUCUCUCACCUCUGUGCUGUGUGCCCUCCUCUUGCUGUCGACCUCCUCAAACUUGGUAUUGCUGACACCUUGCAUUACCUCCUGAUGGGCUCGGGAGAACUGACUCUAGACAAUAUUGAGUUGGUCUCUCGUUCUCCCAAUGAGAUGUAUGAGAUCAUCUCACUAGUUGGAGAGCUGCUCCCUCCAUUGCCCAGGGAUGGGGUGUUUGGUGUAGAGGAGCUGUUGGUGGUGAAGAGACAUGCACCACUCACUAGCCAGUGGGAAUGGCAGGACACUCAGCAAGGAUGGAGGCCAUAUGGACGCAUAGAGAAUAGGAUCAUUGAGGCUGCCCAUUCAAGCGGUGAAGAGGAGUGUAACAUUGCCGUCAUGGGUAAUGUCUACAUCAUUGACUUCACCACCAUGCAACAGAUCAACGAGGACACAGGGACUUCGCGUAUGAUCCACAAGACUAAUAUAGAUCCGAGCCAUAUUGAGGAAGGGUCAGAGGUCACCAGCCAGGACGCCCGCCUGAGUGCAGUGAGGGAGGAACCAUCUCUAGGACGAGGAUUUGUGGGAGCUCUAUUUGGACCACUCUAUGAAGUGUUUGACUCCACAGCUGGUCCUGCCGUGCGUAUCAAGUGCCUUAAGACUAUUUUAAGGAUCAUCUACCACUCAGAAGCUGAGAUGCUCACUGAAAUUCUCAAGGACAUUCCAGUGUCAAGCCACAUUGCCACCAUGCUCAAGUCCCAGGACUAUAGAGUCAUCAUUGGUGGUGUCCAGAUGGCCGCUACUCUCAUGGAGAAGUUGCCCACUAUUUUCAGACUUUAUUUUCAUCGUGAAGGAGUUAUUUAUCAGCUAAAGGCUCUGCGAGACACACCACUCAAAGCAUUGGCCACACCCAAACAGGAAGUGUACACGCCCCCUCCACCACCCGCCCCCACUGAAGCGGCACAGAGAACGCCCACAUCCACUAGAAGGAGAUUGUCUGAUAUGUUCCGUAAAGGCAAGCGUCAGUUGCGUAAGACUCUUCGUGGUAGGGCUGAGGAAUCAGAUGUGGUAGUUCCUGUCACGCCUCCUAACGAGGGAAACCCCCCUCCUCCAGUAAUAGUGGGUGGGGCCACUCCGGAAGGAUCUUCAUCAUCAUCAUCCAAGGAGCGUUUGCAGGAGUGGAUAUGUCAGCAAUCAUCUUGUUUCCUUGAGAGUGUGCGUGAGGACAGCAACCCAGCACUGGAGGUGGUCACAAGACUAGCUGAUGCCUCAGAGAGACUCCAUCCAAAGUCACCAUCAUGUCUAGCAGCACUCUCUGCUCUUCAUUCUGUGCUGACUGAUCCAGGCAGCAAUAUCUCUGCCUUUGAGUUUGUCCACUACCAGAGCCAUGUGGCCCUCCUCUCCUACCUGAGCAGUGAGGGGCAGACUAUCCCCCUCAACACAAGACUACGUCACUUCCUGCACACCUUCAUGGGCCUACCAGAGAAAGGCACUUCACUGGACUCUUGGAGUCCAUCCCUGUCGAGCGGAGUGAGUGCACUGCUAACAAAGAUCCACAAGUGUGUGAGUCAGUUGGAGCAACUUCCAGUGCGUCUACACGAGGGACCAGGACGCAGAGGCUCUCAAGCCAUGAGGUUCUUCAGCUCUCAUCAGAUCAAGUGUCUGUUGGAACGUCAUCCAUCAGCCGUGGGCGGUGGGCAAUGGAAGCGUGGUCCACUGCGUAUAGACCCCCUCGCCACUAUACAGACACUGGAGCGGUACAUGAUGAUGAAAGGGUUUGGUAGACACAAGAAAGGAGGAGAUUUAGAGUCAGAGGAGAGUGAGGUGGAUGACAGCUACAUCAUGAUGAUGGGAGGCCCUGGACAGGGAGCAGACAGGCACAUAGUGGAGUUCCUGAUAGGGGAGAUGGUAGUGCCGUAUCACAUGACAGUGUUUGAGGCUAUCCGUCAGUUCUCCCUGGGUGGUAGUGGAGGAGGGUCCAGUGCUGACAGUGAAGAUGACAUCACUCCACUGGGAAGACCUGAUAUAUGGAUCAAAACACACAUCAUUCACUAUCGUCCCCUGGGUGGCGGUGAUGGAGGUGGUCCAAGCACAUCUGCUAGUAUCACACGAUCACUCUCCUCAUCACUUCCCACACAUCACUCACACUCCACACGUAGGAGUACUGAAUCAUCCAUCAUUGGUGGACCUAGGCGACGCCCCACUGCAGGGAAGUUCCCUGUUGCCGUGGAUAUGCCACUCCCACUUCCCCUGGAGGGAGCUCCUAGACUAACGAGAUCUGCUGCUAAAGCUGCUCAACCAUUGCGCAGUCAAUCUGACUCUGCUAUGCAAGCAGUGAGCUUACACAGAGAAGAGGCAGUCAAAGAGAAGAAGAAGAAACAGCUUCCAUUGCACAAAGCUCUUCAGAAGGCUGCUGAUUUGAACAAAGUGAUGGAUGAUCCUUGUGUGCCUGUACUGUGCCUACUCAAGGCUCUUCAUGCUCUCAGUCAGCACUGGAGUGAUCUCUACCCUGGGUUGGCUGGCAGUCCUAUUGUACCCAGCAGUGAAUUCAUUAGCAGCAAGCUCACGGCCAAGACAAACAGACAACUACAAGAUCCACUCAAUGUGAUGACCUCCAACUUCCCUCUCUGGGUUCGUCCAUUGGCCACUAACUGCCCGUUCCUCUUCCCCUUUGAGUGUCGCCAAACCUUAUUCUAUCUCAUGGCCUUUGAUAGGGACAGAGCACUGGCUAGAAUGCACGAGCAGCAACCAGAGCUGUCUAGUAGUGAGUCCCAGGGAACUGUCGCCCCACGACUGGAGAAGAUGAAACGCUGUGUAACAAGAGACAAUCUCUUGACCCAGGCUGAGCAGCUACUAGAUGAGCUGACCACUUCCAAAGCUGUCUUGGAGAUACACUACCAGGAUGAGGUGGGGACUGGACUUGGCCCAACACUAGAGUUCUACACUUUAGUCUCCAGAGAGCUACUCCGAUCUGACCUAGCCAUGUGGAGAGGCGACCUUUGCCCCCUACCAGGAGUCCCUCAAGGUGCUAGUAGUGUGUCUCAGUACAUCCACAGUCCAGUGGGUGUGUUCCCGGCACCACUGGGACCCGGUACAAAGUUUACAAUGGUAGAGGAAGUGUGCUCCAAGUUUAAACUGUUGGGCAAGCUCAUGGCCAGAGCCAUCCUUGACUCCAGAAUGUUGGACAUUGCUUUGAGUGAAGCAUUCUACAAAUGGAUGUUGGGAUUGGAGCAGACGUUCACAGCCCAGGACCUACAAGACGUGGACCCUGUGGUAGCUCGAUCCUUUGCUCAGCUGGCAGCAGUGGCACUCAAGAAGCACACCCUCGAGAGCGACCCACUACUCUCUGGCAAGGCUCUGGCUCUAGGCAUAAGCACACUGUCACUGGAGGGAGGGGGCACUGUGGAGAGCCUGGACCUGGACUUCACUCUCAUUGGAUACCCUGACAUUCAGCUCAAGCCUGGAGGUAGCGACAUCCCAGUCACCAUACACAACCUGGAUGAGUAUCUCAGACUGGUGGUUGAUUGGAGUCUUGUGCGGGGAGUGACCAGACAGAUGGAGGCCUUCAGAGAGGGCUUCAGCUCAGUGUUUCCUAUAUCUACUCUGCAUGGACUAUUCUCACCGGCUGAAAUGGACACUCUGAUCUGUGGAGCACACCUCCAGAAGUGGGACAUUAAAGAGCUGAUGGAGGCGUGUAGACCUGACCACGGCUAUUCUCAUGAUAGCAAGGCAGUCCAAAUGUUGUUUGAGGUAUUGAGCACUUAUGAUACAACAGAGCAGAGACACUUUAUCCAGUUUGUCACUGGCAGCCCCAGACUACCAGUUGGAGGCUUCAAGGCUCUCAGUCCUCCACUAACAAUAGUGCGCAAGACUGUAGAGAGCUCUCAAAACCCUGACCACUUCCUGCCCUCUGUCAUGACUUGUGUUAGCUACCUCAAGCUACCAGACUAUUCGAGUGUGGAGAUCAUGAGGGAGAAGCUACACUUUGCCUUCAUGGAAGGCAGGCACUCCUUUCAUCUCUCCUAAACUAACUAUCUGAUAUGUAUGUGAUCAGCAUCGUAAUGCCAAAAUUGUUAUGAUCAAAAGUUAUUUUUGUUGUUGUGCAGAACUCUCUCCCUAUCAUAUCAGCCGUGCAUUGUGCAGUGUUUGAGUGUGUGUAGAGCAUCAGUUGUGUUGUCUUUAAACCAUGGAAUUAUGAAAAAAAACAUUAUUUGCAUGAUGAUCAUGA